AUGUCUGGUCGUCGAAGUACGGCGAUAACAGCAAUACUUUUGAGGCGAUGCUUGGUAUUCAUUCUCAACAUUGCUGAUUCGCCAUUCUUACCUACUGGAAAAUCGACAAUCUCUGCUCUCCCAAGUGCUUCAGGUAUCCCUAUUAUUGAUGCCGACGUCCUCGCUCGUAAGGUCGUUGCUCCUGGCACCCGUGCACUCUCCAAGAUAGUAGCGUAUUUCGGACCUGAUGUCAUCCUUCCUGACGGUUUGCUCCACCGCAAGAAGCUCGAUUCCAUUGUCUUCAACAAUGAGGCUAAACGGAAACAGUUGAACUCCGUCGUGCACCAUGCUAUGCGAGGAGAACGUAUGUGGGUCGUCGACGUUCCGCUUCUCAUUGAGGGCGGUCUCUGGAGAUGGAUGGGCUGUAUGGUCGCGGUGUAUUGCUUCGCAGAGAUUCAGAUCCAUCGUCUCACCGACCGCGAGAAAUGCACUCGUGCCGAAUCCGAAGCCCGACUCGGUUCUCAACUACCGAUAACGUCCAAAAUCGCCUAUGCAGACAUCGUCAUUGAUAAUUCUGGAUCGUAUUCCGGGCUGGAGGACCAGGUUCGACUAUGCUUGAACUGGUUGGAGCGCAUGGUUGGUCGAACGUGGGUUGUUAGUCGGCUCUUCCCUCCUUUUGGGCUGUUGUCUGUUGCCUGGACACUCCUGGUACGUAUAGUGUUGCACACUAAGCAGACGGGCGAGAUAGGGGCCGAGGAACGGUAGAUGAGAAGUGGACUGUCGUGGCUUUAUGCUACUUACCAACAACGAGCCUAGUGUUUGUCAACAUCAGCUUCCUGGAAGGCGGUUCCGGAUUUUCCCCUCGUGUACCGAUAAUGAAGGGUAAGACCUGCGGUUGUUGGCGUGUCAGAGACUUGAAAAGUUUUCGUGCCGCAAUUUAGACCUCCCCGUCCUGGUUUCCGAACAACCCACUCUUGGGUACCUUCCCAGAGUGUAGGCAGCAAUGCCAGUGCUGAGUGGUCGCAUUUGAUCCCACGACUGUUGUGUGAAGUCGGAAGUAAAG